AUGGCCGAAGAGGACAAGAAGGUGGAUGUCACCACCGAGAGCAAGCCCGAGGAGAACAAGACUGUCACCGAGAAGGCAUCGGAUGCCGCCUCGGCAGUAGCAGGCAACGUGUUCGGCAUGUUUGGCGGCGGCCCUAAGAAGGAGACCAAGAAGGAGGAUCCCGAUGAGGAGAACGAUCGCUCUGGCAGCGCUAAGGCGCAGAAGGAGAAGGAGAACGCUGAGAAAGACGAUGACGAUGCGGCGGACGAGGAGGAGACCGACGCCCACUUUGAGCCAGUCGUUCACCUGWCCGAAAAGGUCGACACCAAGACCAAUGAGGAGGCCGAGGAGCAGACUUUCAAGAUGCGCGCGAAGCUGUUCAAGUUUGACCGCGAGAGCAGAGAAUGGAAGGAGCGUGGUACCGGCGAGGUUAGACUGUUGAAGCACAAGGAGAAUGGCAAGACGAGACUGGUCAUGAGGCGAGACAAGACGCUGAAGGUCUGCGCCAACCACUACGUGGUUCCGGACAUGAAGCUCUCCCCCAACGUCGGCAGCGAUCGCAGCUGGGUGUGGAACGCGGCCGCUGAUGUGUCCGAGGGCGAGCCAGAGGCAUCCACCCUUGCCAUUCGCUUCGCCAACGCUGAGAACGCCAAUCUCUUCAAGGAUGCCUUCGUCAAGGCUCAGCAGGAGAACGAGGCUCUCUUCAGCAAGACUGAAUAG